ACAGAGCGAGUGGAUGCGAAAUGCUAAGAAGUGCAAGUAGAUGUGAGUGGCGUGUCGCGCUAUAAUUGAAUGGCUAAAAAUGUCAUCGAGUGACACUUCGUUCCUCCUUCUAAUUCCACGGGCGAAGGUGGGAUUCGUGGUGGUCGACUCUGGCCGAAUCGUGUGAGCGCUAAGUCCAUCGAUUAACAGGGACGCAAAAUAAGAUGCACGGUGAGCUCCAAGUUCUCCGUACGCCUACUGGUUGCUGCCGAAGGCUUAGUUACGAUCUCGAGCGUGAGCAGCGAGCAGCAUUUUAUCGUUGGCCGUCAAGGACGAGAAUGAUGGAAAGAAGAUGGUGAGGCAGCGCUUCCUCGGCUACUGGAAUGGGUUCACAAACGCUGGAGAUUCUGAGGCAAGGCGUCUGGGCGAGCCUGACGGGCGGUUGGUUCUACGAUCCGCAUCUCGACGCGUUCUCCAACACCUUCCACCUUUACGUCUGGCUGUUUCUACUUUGUCUGCCAUUCACGAUUUAUCUGUAUUUUCCUCCUACAUUAUAUGUUUGGUUGGUGUAUUGUUCGUCGUUUGUUGCUGUCUUUGGAACGAUAAAGUGUGUGAAUCAUGCUCUGCACUGUGUAUAUGAUACGACUGAGUGUUUGGAGGAGCCAGGACAAACCAUCAGCCAACAGAAGUCCGAGAGUGAGAAGAAACGUGCAGCACACAAUAAAACUAGGGAACAGUCGCAAGUUCAAACCAGCCAUGGCAUAGAGUUACAAGUUUUAAAUGGUAAAACAGACACACCACCUGUGGAAUGUUCAUCACGUAACUCAUUCAUAGAAACAAACAUACAGAAUGCCGAUGCUGAUAGUAUAACGUCCGAAUAUAAUCGAGACAAGCCUAGCUCGACUAUAGAUCUGAAAGCAGAAAUACAUAGAAAAAACAGUUCGGAAAGCUCAGAGGAUGCACAGCAACUUAAUAAACCAAUGGUAACUAGUAUAAACGUGCACGAGGCUGAAUUGGUUUCAGCACAGUAUCACGAGCCACGCUUUAAGAAUAUUAUAAAUGAGUGGAAAUUGAAGCGGCAGAAAUGUGUAGUGAUCGCGGAGGAAGAUAGACCGGGACCUCGUAAAUUGUGUCGGCAUGCGUCCGAAGAUUCGAGAAAUCGACACUCCAAGCAAGGCAGUCUCGGUAAAACGGGAUCUGAGAGUCAAAUAAAGCAGACCAGUUCGUUGGAGUUGGAACAUCCCGGCGACGACUAUCCCUACUGGAAGUCCAACCAAAGUGUCCGCAGACUUAAUUCCAAUUCCAUACCAAUGGAAACACAUCUGAUAAAUGAUCAUCCGCAGAGUUUGGAGAUCAUAUCGAAAAAAGGGGAUGCGGACAACAAUAAGAUUUCAUCUCAUCCACAAUCAUUAGAGGUUAUUACGAAGAAACCGCAUCAACAACUUGUACAUCCACAAAGCCUUGAGACAAUUGGUGCUGCUAGUAAAAAUAUAAACAAUACUGACGACAAUAACCUGCCUCUUCAUCCACAAAGUCUUGAAACAAUUAAUGCUAAAAAGGUCUUACCACAAAACACACUGAAGAGAAACCAACUGCAGCUCUUACCAUAUCUUAGUUAUGGAUCCGAAAUAGUUCAUCCGAUAGCGGAACAGAGCGAUGAGCAGUUUGCCAAUGAAAGUUCCGGAGGAUUUAGCUUGCGAGACUCCUACAGCCCGUUACUUACGCGAAAAAACAUAGGCGAUACCAACGCUGCGUCUAAUCGAGACAGAAGCCUCAGCACUGGUAGAUUCGAAGACAAUUUUUCGAGCUUUAACGAUGACAAUGGAAUAGAUAAUAACUCUGCGAAUUCACGAGAUGCGUUGCUCGAGGAAUCAAAGCCUAAUGUUAAAAGAAGAUAUAGUAAUGCUAGCCAAAGCAGCCACGAAUUUUCGGACGGUGAAAAGAAUAAAGAAAAGCGAUUGAACAAAUCCAAGAAUGCAGAAGAUCCAUUCAAUUCGGGCAGCGUAGUUGGAAUCGACUGGUUGUUUGAGAGCGGCGAUUGUCCGGUGGAGUCUUGGACGAGUAAGAUAUUUUGGACUUUCGCUCGCUCUGAUGAUACGGAUACAUCAGAAAGCCUACAGACGGCUAGUACAGAUUAUCUGCACACAAAGGAGCCUGACUCGGGAUCGUCCAGUACAACGACCCUCAGCAUGGAGAACGAAGUGAAGCGAAAAUUACUGCCGCAAUUGGAAACAGACAACGUCGCUAAUAAACGUCAUCAGGGAGCAAUUCCCAAGCAAAGUCGUCCGAAACCCGCAUUGUCGGACGCUGUGGAUGAUAGCAUCGUGAGCACGGAGCAGCCAGAGCAGCGGGAGAAUCUCAAGCGUUAUCUGGAGGUGCGACGAGAGAAGACUAGGCGAUGGGGCGGCGGCGGCAGCGGCAGUAGUGGCGGUGGUGGUAAUGGCGGUAGCGGUAGCGGUAGUGGUGGUGGCGGUGCUGGUGGUGGUGGCGGCGGCGGCGGUGGCGGCGGCUGCAGUAGCAGCAGCAGCAGCAAGUUCGAGCAAACCAGCGGUUCAAACAACGAACUGAGUACAUUACUGCCCAGUCCUGCGCCUCCGUUAUUGGCCGCAUUGCUCAAUUCCGAUCGGGACUUGCCCGGGCAGUCGAGCAACGUGUGCGAACGACGACUGAGCCGCAGCUCUGACACUCGCAACGCCCGAAGAAGGUACGGACGAUUGAAACGGCCGUUUCGAGCUCAACGUGGUGGCCCGCGCGGUAUCGGCACUCGCGACGAUAACGUGGUGCCUUUGACCGCGCUGUUCGGUCUCAUUUCUACCGGGGAAUGUCACCUAGCCACUAAUCACAAUGACACGUCCGAGGGCGCAGUGCAUUAUUUUCGUGACGAUAACGGUUGCUGGCUGGCUUACACAUUCGACGAAAAGGCUUCGGACAUCGCCGCGGCCACGCAGCUGCCCAGUAAUCACAACAAUGAAAAGCUGCUAAACACCCUGUUGCGUCAGCAACUUAAUCAGAAUCUACAUUACGAUACGAACUGGGAACUUACGGAUUCCCUGAGCAACAGCUACAGCAGCCUGUCGCUGAAUUCCGCCGGUUUGACGGUGAUAAUCGACACACCGCCGGUAUUGUCGAGUCCGGCGAGCAAUCAAACUAAGACGCAGAGCUCGCCACCGUCCAAUCUGGUCUCCUCGAAUACUGGCAGUUCAAAUCAAUGCACACUGGAGAACUCAGAGCGCGAGCAGUUUCAUCAUACGCUGUCCAUUGCACGCUCAGACUCGAUGGCGGACAGGAAUCGUCGACUACAAAAUCUGCUGGGCAAUCUAAAUCUCAACGCGUAUCAUCCGUCUUCGGAGGCUAACGGUGGUCGUAUGCCCGUGCUGGCGUUGCCAGCGCAUCAAGAGCCCGACAUAAACACCAGCCUCUCGUGGAACCGUUUCGUUGAGGGUUUGGAUGGUAUCGAUACGCCGCCGAAGCGUAAACAAACUAGACAUUAUUACAAAUGGAAGAUCGGCAAGCUGCCGCAUGUCAAGAUACGCUUCGAUCGCCUUGCGUUGUUGGCGCUGCUCGAUCGCAACCUGACCGUCUUCGAGACCGUCGUGUCAACGCUUCUAGCGGCAGCGGUGGCUGGGCUGAGUCUGCUGCUACUCCAGCAGGGUUUCUAUCGCGAUAUCUUCGCGUUCAUCUUUUGCUUCGUUACGGCCGGCUGCCAAUAUUCACUGCUCAAAUCGGUACAACCCGAUGCCGCCUCGCCCACACAUGGCUUCAAUCGUAUUAUCGUAUUCUCCAGGCCAGUAUAUUAUAUUUUAUGCUCGAGCUUGAUACUGAUACUUAACGAGACGCUGAGAAACUUGGAGAAGUCGUCCGAUUUUCGAGUGUAUGGGCUACGCGUCGCCGAUUAUGAUCUUAUAAUGCAGGCGCGUAACGUGCUGCUGAUAUUCCUGCUGUGCUUCCCGAUUGUGUUCUCCUUAGGACUGUUUCCGCAAAUCAACACGUUUCUUAUGUAUGUGUGCGAGCAUUUGGAUAUACAUCUGUUCGGCGGCAACGCGACGACCAGUCUAGUGUCGUCGUUGUACUGUCUCUGUCGCAGCGUGUUGACCGUCUUUAUCUUAUACGGGUUCGCGUACGGCGCUGUGAAUGAGCCCAAGUCCUCGCAGCAUAUUCUAUUCUCCAUAUUCGCCGGUUUACUCGUGGCUGUAUCCUACCAUCUGAGUCGAUCGUCUUCCGAUCCCACCGUGAUAUGGGACAUUCUGAAGGCCAACUUGUGGCCGCCUGUGGACAAUUACGUAGAGGAAAAGGAAGCGAAAAUAAUUGAGAACACGUCGUCGUCGUCGCAGCGUGAUAAUGUUGCAGCGAGCUACAAGGAAGCGAAGAUCAAGGCGUCCGGCAGGAAAAAAGACGUGAAAAUUAAAGUAGGCGAGCAAAUGUCGGACACUGAACUGGUGGAUCCACUACCUGAGAAGCUACGUUCAACGGUGAAUGCCAGACUGAAGAACGAUCUGAUCGUAUGCGCCGUAAUCGGCACUCUGACCUUCGGUGUCCACUGCUCAACAGUGUUCACCGCCCUACAGCCGGAACUGAAUCCGAUACUGUGGGGUAUCGCGGGCUGCUUGGGCUUCCUUCUACAUUAUAUUGUGCCGCAGCUACGUAAACAACUGCCGUGGCUGUGCCUAUCGAGACCUGUUCUGCGUAGUCAUGAACACGCUCAAUUCGAAGUGCGCGAGCCGGUGAAAAUUAUGUGGUUCGAGAAGGCCUACGUGUGCCUAUGCUUUCUCGAGCGUAACGUGUUGUAUCCGGUAGUCUUUCUCGGUGCGCUCACCGAGUGCACUCCGCAGAUCGUCGAGAAGUUCGGCGAGAGCGUCGGUGCCCUCAUCGUCGUUAUGUGCGGCCUCAAGUCACUCAGAUCCGCGUACUCAGACCCAUCCACUCGCUAUCUUGUCCUCGUCUUCGCGGUACUCUUUUUCCAGCGGGAUAUCCGCGGUUUGAGUGAAACCUUUCUGAUGGAUUAUUUCGUCACCGGGAUUGCGUUCGCUAAGAUCUAUGAGCUGCUAUUGAAAAUUCGCUUCGUCGUCACGUACAUAGCACCCUGGCAGAUUACGUGGGGCAGCGCGUUCCAUGCGUUUGCUCAGCCCUUCUCCGUGCCGCACUCUGCGAUGCUCUUUCUGCAGGCCGGCAUUUCGGCGAUGCUGAGCACACCGCUGAACCCGUUGCUGGGCAGCGCAAUCUUUAUCUCAUCCUACGUGCGGCCAGUCAAGUUCUGGGAGAGAGACUACAAGACCAGACGGGUGGAUCACUCAAACACGCGUAUGUCCUCGCAUCUGGAUCGUAAUCUUGGUGCCGAUGAUAACAAUCUCAACUCUAUAUUCUACGAGCAAUUAACCAGGUCGCUUCAGCACAGUCUCUACGGCGAUCUCGCGCUCGGUCGAUGGGGAAACGUCGAACAGGGCGAUUGCUUUUUGCUCGCGUCCGACUACUUGAACUGUUUAGUUCACAUCAUCCAAUUAGGCAAUGGGCUGGUGACGUUUCAACUGAGAGGUCUCGAAUUUCGGGGAACGUACUGCCAACAAAGAGAAGUGGAAGCAAUCUCUGAGGGUAUCGAGGAUAACGAUAAUUGCUGCUGCUGCGAAAUGGGCCAUCUGUCGAAUGUACUUAGCGUGAACGCAGCCUUUAGUCAACGUUGGCUCGCUUGGGAAGUAGCAAGCGCCAAGUAUGUGCUCGAGGGUUACUCUAUCUCCGACAAUUCGGCAGGUUCCAUGCUGCAGGUGUUCGAAUUUCGCAAGGUGUUGGUUACUUAUUACGUCAAGAGUAUUGUUUUCUAUACUGUGAAGUCGCCCAAACUAAAACACUGGUUAGAGAAUCCAGACAUUGCUGACGCACUGAAACCGACACUCGAAAAAAACUUCAUCGAUCUUGAUCCCGUUUUCAAUAUGAACAUCGAUGAGGAUUUCGAUUUCCGCGCAAGUGGAAUUACGCGUAGCAGCUUCUGCAAUGUUUACCUCGACUGGAUACAAUAUUGCGUUGGUAAACAUGAUAAGUCGCUGGACAGAACACGUGAUUCGUAUCUCGUAUCUUUAUGUCUCGCCCUAAGUCUAUUGGGAAGACGUGUGUUAGGUGCUGCAUCUCACAACACUGUAUCGAGUGUUGAAUUUUUUCUUUAUGGACUACAUGCGCUGUUCAAAGGAGAUUUUCGUAUAACAUCAGUCCGUGACGAAUGGGUAUUGCACGAUGUCGACUUACUGCGUAGCGUAGUCGCAAAAGGUGUGAGGAUGGCCUUGAAACUGCACCAGGAUCAUUUUAUGAGCCCGGAACAAUACGUGGAAUCGUCGGCGCUCUUCGAAGCAAUCGACAGUCACGACAAGAAUCUCGUCAUUAGUCACGAAGCGGAUCCACUUUGGAGAAAUGCUGUAUUGAGCGGUGCACCCAGCCUGUUGGCGCUUAGACACGUGUUAGACGACGGUAUAGAUGAAUAUAAGGUGAUAAUGCUUAACAAGCGUUUCCUCAGCUUUCGAGUGAUCAAAAUGAACCGCGAGUGCGUCCGCGGACUUUGGGCCGGUCAGCAGCAAGAGUUAGUGUAUCUGAGAAAUAGAAAUCCGGAACGCGGUUCGAUACAGAAUGCCAAACAGGCGUUGAGAAACAUAAUCAACAGUUCGUGCGAUCAGCCAAUCGGAUACCCGAUUUAUGUCUCCCCAUUGACGACCAGUUACGCCGAGACGAACGAACAAUUGUGUUCGAUAGUCGGAGGACCGUUGAGUUUCGGCACCAUAAAGAGUACCGCAUUAAAAUUGUGGCGAAGAAUAAGGAGGAGAUGCGGUCAAGGUUGCUCUUCGGGCGGUACCGGUUCCCAAGACGACGGAGGUUUUGGAAAUGAUGGAAUAUAUGCGAUGACAACUUACAACAUACAUACUGGCUAUGCUCAGUCAGGUCACAAUACCUCUGGCUCACAGUCAAUGGAAUCCGGUUGCCAAAUCGGAGGUUCGACCGGUCGCGGUUCUCUUGGUCGUGCAAACACAGGCUCUCUUGGUGGUAACAGAGGCUCGCUCGCUUCUGUCGGUAAACCAACUAGCUCCACGCUCGCUAGUCUGGCCGGACUACUUAGUAAUAGCGACAUCAAAACGGAAACAAAGAGUGAGACGAGCUUUUCCAGUAAACUGGAGAAAGAAGAGGUUUUCCAGAGAGUUUACAUUAUAGAUCCCAAUCAAGUGUACGACGCGAUCAAUCUAGGUCGGCGUAUAGACGUAAUCUGGCCAGAUGAAAGGAUGAGACAACAAGGCGGUCGUUCUGGCUGGCAACAUUGGGUGCCGGAAAGAGGUAUGGAAGGCUGUAUAGUUCACCGUUGGUCGCCGAAUCAUCGCGAUCCAAAUCGGCGGUCACACGUCGACAAAGUCAUUCUACUCGUGAAGAUAGACGACAAGUAUGUGCCGAUAGCCGAGCAAGGUGUGCGGGACUUGGGUGCGGAGGUUUAGCGAAAUAUUAUCAAGACUAGUGCCGCGAUAACGCACGCUCACGAUGGCUUUCGUACAAUUAUUCUCCGAGCCGCGAACUCAUGAUAAUACUCGACGCGUCAACGAGAUGAAGAAGAAGAAAGAGAGAUAUUUCAGUCUUACAAAUGCAGAACAUUUAACGAAAUUCGUUACUUUAAUGUAAACCGUAAUCUAUCGUAUUGACAAUGUUGAACUACUAGUUUCUUACUUCCACACGAAAUCGAUACUCGCCAUUAGGACAUAAAUAAAAGGACGGCUCGAAUCGACGACACGUUGAAUUACGUGAGAUUCUUAGCCUAGUUACGAUGUUUUCAGUUCGUUUAAAUCAGUAUCGUAUCUUGAUAUUGCGUUGUUAUCGCAAACUUUUUCGAUUACUUCUUAUCUUUUGUUGAUGUUGUACUUAGAAGUUUUGUGGAACUUGAGUGGAUGAUUCUUGCCGAAUUUAUAGUAUCACGUUUCUUUGUACCUUGAUUAAAACGUUAAUACUUUAUUCUUUGUAGGCUUCUACGCAAAGUGCUAACGUGUUGACGGAAUUGAGUCGUAGAAUCUAUAUAGACAAAAAGAGAGGGAGAGAAAAAAAAAUAUAUAUACACAUAUAAAUAUAUAUAUUUUUUUUGUCACCUUGUAACCAUCCAACUAAAAUAUAUUGUUAUAUUUCUCGCGAGUUGCAUAAGAAGGCAAAACGUCGAUUGCCAAGUUAUUCAAUGCAAACCGAAUUGUAUCAUGUUGUAUUAUACUAAUGUAUUAUAUGAUCAUAUAUAUGUUGGCUCACUGAACGGUAUACGGAGCAGAUGUUACUUGUUGCCCAGUGAAUUUAAACUUGUUUAUCGUAUCGAUUAAAAGAGAAAAUGUAAGUGUUCGGGCGCGCGUUCCUCUUCCACUAAUUUAUAACGUAUAAAUGUGGCAUAUAUUUUUGGCGGUUGAUAAAAAAAAGGAAGCGAAUUGCAGAUUAGUGGAGCUGUAAUCUAUAUAAUUAUGAGUAUAUAAUAAUGUAUUAUAUAAAUUACAAACAAAACUAAUUAGAUAAGCUGUUGCUAUAUAAGUCAUUUGCAACAGGUGAACACAACACAACAAGUGACAUCGAUAAAAGUUUAUAUCGGUGUUCGGCAAAAUGUAUUGAUGAAUAUCGAUUUUGAAUAUAUAUAUAUAUAUAUAUAUAUAUAUAUAUAUAUAUAUGUAUGUAUGUAUGUAUGUAUGUAUAUAUAUGUGUAUAUGUGUGUGUAUAUAUAUAUAUAUAAUAUGUAUGUAUAUAUGUGUAUAUAUAUAUAUAUGUAUAUAUAUAUAUAUAUAUAUAUAUAUAUAUAUAUAUAUAUAUUUGUAAAUGCAUCAGCGUACAUUUUUUAUAUGCAAUUACAAAUGUCGCUACUGGCGAUGUACAAUAUCUUACAUCGUAUUACACUAACCCUUAACUACUCUGAGGCGAAGGAAGUUUUCUGGAAUUCCAUGUUAUUUAUUUUUAAAUAAUUUUGUUACAUAGAGAUUGGCAUGGGACGUUGGCAUAUAUGUAUAAAGUAAUAUAUUUAUGAAUAAAAUCCCUUGAAAACUAGAUUCAAAGUUUGAUUCCUUAUUGAGGCUUUCAAAAACCUCAUCUAAGUAUAAGCAUUUAUUUUCCUAGAAAAGCUAAGGGUUAAUAAUAUUUUAUGAUACGCUGAUACAUUUUCUUUGAACAUAUGCGUUUAUAAAUGCAGAUUUAUCAUGCAGAUUCCACUAAUCUGCAAUAGUAUGCAUUAGCAUACGUGAAUAUACAUUUACAAAAAAAUAUAUAUAUAUUCAAAAUCGUCGCGUACUUCAUUAUUCGUUAAUAUAUUUUUCCUGUGCAACACUGGUUUGUAUAUAAAAUAUCAUUCGUGUUUUUCUACAUUUUUUUACGAUUCUUUUUUAAGCUAAAUGAAAUAUAAAUAAGUUGUAAAUAUACGCGCAAUACUACUGCACAAGCGUCCAAAAUUUAUUCCACUUGAAGAACAUGCAAUCUCGCGAGGCCAGGAGGUCGCCUCGACAGAACAUAUCCUUUUCAUUGAAAAAACAGCGUUGUCCCUUGUUCAUUUCCAUGUUUAUGCAUGUACAAAAGCUUCUUCGAAUUCGGUUGGCAUUGCUUAGUUAAUUGUACGCGACAUAGUGUGGCUCGAAAAUGCAUUUGCAUCUGAGUCAACAAAGGAGAAUUGUCCUCAGAUGUUAAAUAUGAUUGCGAGUAUCACGUGCAAAUGCAUUGCCGUGCGUUUUAUCGGACGACGAGAGAAGAAGUGUAUCUAUUACUGUUAUUCUUAAAAGAAAACUACGAAUAGUUUUUCUAUUUCUCUCUGUUUUUCUAAUUUUGUAUAUAAUAUUCGUAAGUUCUAAUAAUUUCUACUCGGCUCUUGUUUCACUGUAAAUGUUAUAAACGAAUGCGAGAACAUAUAUGUAUAUACAUAUAUACUAGUUAUUAAAUAAUAAGGAACGCAGGGUUGCUUGCAAAAAUUGUCAGAUCCGUUGGUAGCUUGUUCGCCAUAUUGUCACCAUAAAGAAAUGAUAUAUAUAUAUAUAUAUAUAUAUAUAUCUGGCAAGCAGGAGAAAAGAAAAGAGAGAAAAGUUAUUUUGCAAGUGACCACGGAAUCACAGCAUUGCCUUAUCAUGGUGUCUUAAAAAAACACCUGACUGAUGAUGAAAAAGAUUAUAGCUAGUCUUUUAAUUAUUGGUACACACUUACGUAUUGCUUGCUGCCGAAAGUCACAGGGGUGCUCUUUCACCAGAGAGUUUACGUGGAGUAAUAAUCUUUAUUAUAUCUCUGGCCUAUACUAUUAUCUCUUUAAUGGACAGUACUUUCAUACACUGAUUGUACACAAUUGUUUUACGAUUAUUUAAGAAUAAACGAAGAACUGUGAAACCUGA